AUGUCUUCCUUCGCUCGUCUCUUCGUCUUCGCGGCGGCGGUUGUCGCCGUUAGUGCAUCGACGUGCACGGACCCGACUCCCGUGUCGACGACUACGAUCGCUAAGGGCGUCGAGUUGUCCGUUAUGAGCUGUGGUUCCGUUCCUCAGGCAAUCGGUCGCCGCCAGGCCAACUCGACCGCGACGGACGUCUGCGGCGAGAUAUGCGUCACGUCGUGCAGCUCCGUAGCCGGCGUGCUUCCACCGACGACCGAUGAUUGUACGGUCAUCAAGGAGGCCGUACAGAUCUUCCAGGGGCAGUCCAGCUCGACCUUCACGGUCCAGCCGUUCCACAUCCAGCAGCUCACGUUUGGCACGUGCCGCAUGUUCUUCGAGAACCUGAGCCCCGUCCCCGAGCAAGCCUGCUGGUCGGACCUGGCCAAGGACGCCUCCGUAGCAGGCGCGUCCUGUCUCCCGCCCACGCAGCCGGUCUUCUCCGAGGGAGACUGCAACGCGCUCGACCGCACUUGGCUCAUCGGCAUCAGCCACUCGAACGAUACUGAUACUUCCGGCUCGUCGUAA